AUGGCUGUCAUCUCCAGGACGCUGUUCCUGACCUUGCUCCUGGCCCUGGUCGCCUUCCUCAGCGCGUCUUCCUCCUCUACAUCAUCCUUGUUCGCUCACGCCCAGCCCCAGAACGACAAUGAGGCCCUCCUCCAGAAGAAGGUCGCCCGCCUCGAGGCCAAGGCGGUCAAGAACAAGGGCGUCAUCCAACUCGACUCGCUUGCCUUUGAAGAUGUUAUGGCCAAGCCUCGCAACUACUCCAUGGUCGUUCUCUUCACCGCCAUCAGCCCCGAGUUCAACUGUGUUCCCUGCUUGAACUUUGACCCCGAAUACAAGAUGGUCGCCGCUGGCUGGUCCAAGUUGGCGAACAAGUCGCAGCUCUUCUUCAGCAUCCUCGAUUUCAAGGCUGGACAGGCUAUCUUUCAAAAGUUUGGCAUGAACAGCGCUCCCUCCGUCUUGUAUUUCCCUGCUUCUAGCAGCAUCUCUGGCGAUCCUUCCCAAGACCGUUAUGACUUUGGAAAGAGUGGUUUCCAGGCGGAGCCAUUCGCUGCGUGGUUGCAGGCGAGAUCGGGAGUCAGAGUCCCAGUGCAGCGUCCCUUUGACUUUAUGGGCUUGGCUGUCAAGGUCCUUGGCACUUUUACAGCUGUCUUUUCUGUCAUUCUUUUCGUUAGAAAGGGACGCAAGAUCUUUGGCAGCAAGUAUUUCUGGUCUACUAUUUCCAUGAUCAUUAUCUUUGUGAUGAUCUCGGGACACAUGUGGAACCAGAUCCGUAACCCCCCUUACUCUAUGCCUUCGCAGCAGGGUCGCUCAGGCUUUAUUGCGAGUGGAUUCCAGAACCAGUUUGGAUUGGAGACGCAGAUCAUUGCUGUGUUGUACUCGUUGUUGACAGGAGCAGCGAUUGGACUGAUUGCGGUUGUGCCCCGGAUUGAGAACCCUGUGGGCCAGCGUGCAACAGUGUGGGUGUGCAUGGGCAUGUUUACGCUUGUGUUCAGUAUUCUUAUCCAGGUCUUCAAGCUGAAGAACCCUGGUUACCCCUUCACGCUCAUGUUCCGUUAG